AUGGCCGCCACGAUCCCAGAGCUCGCGCGCCACGACCCCGCGGAGUCGCCCGCCAUGAGCCCGGACCUCUUCUGGCAGAAGCUCUCCGAGCUCGCUGCGGAGUACGAGAGCCUGCACGCGAGCUCCGCCGACCGCGCGGGGAGCCGGAGCCCCGGGAGCAGCCCGUGCCGCAGGAAGCGCCCCAGCCUUGCGACAAGCAGCGCCGGCCUCCAGCCCAUGACGCCGGCGACCUCGGCCGACGUCGUGUUCGCGCGCGCCCGUAGCGUCGAGAGCAGCCCCGCGCCGUCGUCCCGCGGCGACGGCGAGGGCAGCAGCACACUGGGCAGCGCACUGGGCAGGAGCCCAAAGGUGCGGCGCGCCGUGAGCCUGAUGCUGGCUCGGGCCGCGCGACCGCGCCGCGCGGGGCUGGGGCUGAUGGUGCGGGCCGGCAGCCGGUCCAGCGGGGCGGGCUCGGGGACGGGAUCUUUCGACGAGAAGAGCAUGCAGGCAUGCCCGUCGGUGAAGGAGGAGGACCGUUUCAACGCUGCCGUGCGGAGGACACAGAUGACGAUGAGAGUUAACACCCCGCCACCAGAAGAUGUGAGGUUUCUCCACCGGUUGGUGAAAAGCCGCGGAUUCAGCAUUGUAAUCGCCUGCCUGAUCAUACUCAGCACAGUGAUGAUCGGUAUCGAGACCCAGAUGCUUUCUAGCCUGUCGAGCGGUGGGUCCAGCUCAGAUCAGUUGAUACAUAUUUUGUCGGCAAUUAACUACGCACUCACUUUGUUGUUCACAGUGGAAAUAGUAGCCCGACUGUACGUGUUCAGGCUUGACUUUUUCGUUCACGAAAGAGUGUGGAAUAUCUUUGACGUUCUCAUCCUGCUGCUGGCGCUUGUCGAGAUUGCCCUGGAGUUCGUGGUGCAAGCGUUAUCUGGCAGCAAGGACGACAUCUUUGACAGCGGUGGCUCGGCGAAGGUCCUGCGCCUCUUCCGCCUGACUCGGCUCCUUCGCCUCGUCCGAACGUUUCGUCAGCUCAAGCCCCUGCGGCUACUGCUGCACUCGCUGUACUGCGCCGGCAAGUCUGUGAUCUGGGCGCUCUUGCUGCUUCUCGUGAUCGUGUACUCGUUCGGCGUCAUUCUGACUCAGGCGGUGACGGAGCACACUGAGGGCGGCACGCGAGUCGAGGACCAGAAUUUGUUGGCUUACUACGGGGAUCUUUAUCGGUCAAUGCUGAGCCUCUGGUGGGCUGUGUCUGGGGGUAUCAGCUGGAACGAGCUCACCGUCCCGCUCGAGGCCACAGGCAACUCGCUGUGGGUAACGCUGUUCUUGGUUUACAUUGCCUUCGUCUAUUUUUUUAUUUUGAACGUUGUCACCGGGGUGUCGAAAACGCUAUCGAGGGUGCUCAACAAGACCUGGAGCUGA